AUGUUGUCAAGAGUGUUGAAGAAAUUGGAAUCCACCGAUACCUUUUGCAAGGAAACAAGAGAUGAGGUGAAAUCAAUGGGGCAAGUUUUAAGUUUGCACUCCACCUCCAUUAAACAAUUGGAGUCUCAACUUGGCCAAAUCUCGAUGAUUCUCAACCAAAGGCAAAAAGGCACAUUCCCUAGUGAUACGGUUGCAAAUCCAAGGAAUGAUGGUGAUCAUAAAUGCAAUGCAAUCACUACUAGGAGUGGAAAAACAAUUGGAGAAGAGGCAUUGGUGAAAGAUAAUGUGUUGGUUGAUGAUGAGAAAAUGGUUGAAGAACCAAUCAUGGUUGAAGAAGAAGAGACUCCAAAGAAGAAGCGGAUUGACGAUGCUUCAAAAGGUAAGGAAGCGGUAGAGGAGGUGCCAAGGGCUUCACCGCCCGUUCUAAAGCCUCCUCCUCCAUUUCCUCAACGAUUGGCAAAUAAAGCGGAAGAUGGAAAAUUUCUCAAAUUUAUAGAGAGAUUGAAAGGGCUUUCAAUUAACAUUCCCUUGGUGGAAGCACUUGAACAAAUGUCCAGUUAUGCAAAAUUCAUGAAAGAUCUUAUGACCAAGAGGAGGCAUGCUUAUUUUGAAAAAAUGGGAGUUACACAUCAUAGUAGCUCUAUUGUGACAAAAGCUUUAGUUCAAACGAAAGAAGAUCCGGGAGAUUUUACCAUCGCUUGCACAAUUGGAAUGUAUAAAUUUGGCAAAGCAUUAUGUGAUCUUGGAGAAAGCAUUAACUUGAUGCCACUUGCUAUUUUCAACAAAUUGGGGUUAGGCACUCCCCGACCCAUAUCAAGAGAUUGCUAA